CUCCCACUCCCCCCUCCGCUGCUGCCUCCCCUGCCUCCCUCUUGCCGCCGCGACCGCGACCGCCGCUCGCUGUCGAGGCCAGGCUAGUCAAGACCGACGCCACCCGCCCCCAGGCUCACGCCUUCCCCUCCGCGCCACACACGCUCGGCUGCCUCCGGCUUUCCCUUCCCCGGCGACCGGGAGAUCCCGCGCCCGCGCCGUCGGCUAGCUCCCCUGCCGAGACCUUCCGACUCCAGGAGCCCCCCAGUGAGCUGCGCGGAGGGUCUGGUUGUGCCGGCCCGCGGGCGUCGCUGGUGCAGAUCCAUGGAGCCCAGCCAGCCGCGGCGCGGAUAGCACUGCGCCAGUAGAUCGCGAGGAGCGCCCGCUUGCUGUUGUUUUGUUUGGCUAGCCAUUUUUCGGGGGGCGUCUGGCUUGGAAGAUAUGGCCGCGGCGAUGGACGUGGCGAACCCUGGAGCGGCUGCAGGCUCAGGAAUGGCAAGCGAUGCGCUUUACCGGGAGCUCUGGCAUGCGUGUGCCGGCCCGUUGGUCACAGUGCCUAGACAAGGCGAGCGAGUCUAUUACUUUCCCCAAGGCCAUAUGGAGCAGCUCGAGGCGUCUACACACCAGCAGCUUGACCAGUACCUACCGAUGUUCAAUCUACCAUCCAAGAUCCUAUGCAGUGUAGUCAACGUGGAACUACGGGCGGAAGCUGAUUCAGAUGAAGUUUAUGCUCAAAUCAUGCUGCAACCUGAAGCUGAUCAAAGCGAACUCACCAGCCCGGACCCUGAACUAAAAGAACCUGAGAAAUGCACCGCUCAUUCCUUCUGCAAGACACUGACAGCUUCAGAUACGAGCACUCAUGGCGGUUUUUCUGUUCUUCGGAGGCAUGCCGAAGAAUGUCUUCCUCAGCUGGACAUGUCUCAGAAUCCACCUUGUCAAGAGCUGGUUGCCAAAGAUCUCCAUGGCACUGAAUGGCAUUUUCGGCACAUUUUUCGAGGACAACCGAAGAGGCAUCUCCUUACUACUGGCUGGAGUGUCUUUGUUAGCUCAAAAAGAUUGGUUGCUGGUGAUGCAUUUAUCUUCAUGAGAGGUGAAAAUGGUGAGCUACGAGUUGGUGUAAGGAGGCUCAUGAGACAAGUAAAUAGCAUGCCCUCAUCCGUCAUAUCAAGCCACAGCAUGCAUCUUGGAGUCUUGGCAACAGCCUCCCAUGCCAUCUCCACCGGAACACUCUUUUCUGUUUUCUACAAACCAAGAACUAGCCGCUCUGAUUUUAUUGUGAGCGUCAACAAAUACCUUGAAGCUAAGAAGCAGAAAAUAUCUGUUGGAAUGAGGUUUAAGAUGAGAUUUGAAGGUGAUGAAGCUCCUGAAAGAAGGUUCAGUGGAACAAUUAUUGACAUUGGGAGUUUGCCGGCAAUGUCAAAAUCUCUCUGGGCAGAUUCUGACUGGAGAUCUCUAAAGGUUCAAUGGGAUGAGCCUUCAUCCAUUCUUCGUCCUGACAGAAUCUCACCAUGGGAGGUGGAACCACUAGAUGCAGCUAAUCCACAAUCCCCUCAACCUCCAUUAAGGAAUAAGAGGGCACGACCCCCAGCUUCACCUUCUACGGUUGCAGAACUGCCUUCAGGCUUUGGACUAUGGAAAUCCCCAACUGACUCGGCCCGGACUCUCUCAUUCUCGGAUCCGCAACGUGCUCGGGAGUUAUUUCCUUCAAUUCCCACAUCAACCUUCUCAUCGUCAUCAAAUGUCAAUUUCAAUUCAAAGAAUGAGCCAUCCAUGCUAAACAGUCAGUUCUACUGGUCGGCAAGGGAUACAAGAGCUGACUCCUGCGCUGCUAGCACCAACGCUGUCAUAGUCGAAAAGAAGCAAGAACAAAAUUCUGGUGGUUGCAGAUUGUUUGGGAUUGAUAUAUGCUCAGCUGAGGAAGAAGUAUUACCUGUGGUUACUGCUCCAGCUCUUGGUUAUGACCAAACUGCUGCCUCGUUAGAGUUGAACUCGGAUAAGCUCUCACAGCCAUCUGAUGUCAACAAUUCUGAUGCCCCAGGAGCUAGCAGUGAGCGAUCGCCUCCUGAAUCCCAAAGCCGGCAAGUGAGGAGCUGCACCAAGGUAAUUAUGCAAGGAAUGGCUGUUGGAAGGGCUGUAGACCUGACGAAGCUUAGUGGCUAUAGUGAUCUUUGCCAUAAGUUGGAGGAGAUGUUUGAUAUCCAGGGGGAGCUAGGUUCCACACUCAAGAAAUGGCGGGUCAUUUACACUGAUGAUGAGGAUGACAUGAUGCUUGUUGGGGAUGAUCCUUGGAAUGAGUUUUGCGACAUGGUGAAAAGAAUUUACAUUUACACAUAUGAGGAGGCUAAGAAGCUGACAUCCAAGUCGAACUUACCGGGUAGUAGUGACACCAGCAAGUUGAGUGAUGUAAACUCACAGUCGGAAUGAGUCAUCUAACAUGGAGCCCAUCUACCAACAAAGACUGCAGAUUGCUAACUCCCUCUAAUUCUGUUCUUCCUACCGUUGAUUAUGGGGGGUAAAAACGCCCAUCAUUGCUCUGAGGGCUGAAGUCGUGGUUGGCAUUCAUUUGCCUUGAAUUUUGGAGGCUUUUGGACUGCCAGGCAGCAUGGGCCUCCUGGAAGAGGUACUUGUGCCAUUUCCCAUUUGUUUGCGCUGUUUGUUAGGAGUCAUCAGCCAUGGCAUAUUUGCCAGGUGUCUGGUUUGAAGAAAAAACCGGUCAACUGGAUGAUGGACAAUGCCUUGCCUCUCCUUCUACUGCGUAGCUAGUAACUAGGACUAUGUAUGUAAUGAAUGUCUGUAUAUAGUGUCGUUAGGCUGCCCUUGCCCUGGUAUCAGUGGUGGUGGCAUUUGUAUGCAUGGAUUGCCGUUCAGUAACUUUUUAUCUUCAGCAGCAACAAACCUGAGGGUGUAGGUGGUGUGGAUGUAUGUUUCUUUUCAGCAACAAUCUUGGUGGAAGCGAUCUGUAUAUAAUCUACUGUUUAAUAAACAGUCGUGUGCAACCUGUGCUUCUA